AAGGUCUGAUAAAAUGAUGUCUUUCGGUGAUCAUCAAUUAUACUUACUUUUUCUUCUGCUGGUAAAGUUUCAUGAGUCAGGUAAGGGUGAAAUUUAUUUUCCCGUACAAAGAAAUUUACAGUGUUUUUUACCAUGUGUCAUUUUAAGCUUAGAAUCGAGCCGGAAACGCUGACUUUAAUUUAUGAACGUGAUGUUUGUCAAAAUGAUUUCCUAACUCCAAGAUGGCUUUCAGCAGUUUUUGUAUCUCGAAAUGAUAUGAUUUUUGUAUCUUGAAAUGAUUGCGAUGUGAUGUUGCGAUUUCAAUCACGUGAUAAAUGAAGUCUGAAUAACUAUGAUGCGAUAGAAAUCAAGAGCAAAGGAUUUUAUGCUUCAAGUGUAACACUACUAUAUGGUCAGAAUUCAACAUCAAAAUUGAAACUGAGAAGAGCGCUCUUCUUGAUUAGUGUGAGUCGUCUUCUUAGCCAUGAAAAAAAGUUAAUCCUUUGUCAAGUGGCUUUCCAUUACAAACAAGAUGGUUAUGCAAACCCUGAAAAUAUGCAUAGGUUGGAUCACGAAAGUAGAACGUCAGAAUGUUGAUGACACAAAGGUACAAAAAAAAGUCGAAGUUUCAUCUUUCCCCUGUAUAAUACUUUACAAUGCAGUGAAAACAAUGAAAACAAUGAUAAUUAAAUAUGCAUAGGUUGGAUCACGAUAAGUAGAACGUCAGAAUGUUGUAAGAACCAAAAAUUGGCAUAUGAGAUCAGCUUAGCUUGUUCCAGCUGUCAGUUAUUAAGACAGAGCAAAUGGCACAACAGCACUGUUUACUAUUGUACUAUUUUUUACUAACUAAAUGCACAGAGCAAGCCGGGUGCAGUUAAGUGUAUAACUGAUGUUCUUGUUUUUUUGACAUCCUCUGUAAUUUAUAAUUGUACAGAGCCUCGGCAACAUGGAAUCCAUUUGUUUUAUUCAGUGAAGAAGCAAAAAUUAUUGUUGUUACUGCUUACAAUUAAAGUGCCUUUAUGGUGGACUCUAUUUAAGGCCUUCUUCUUAAAUAUAAUCCUUACAUAUGUAACUAAAGGGCUCAGAAUAUUGUUUAUGUUUGUCUAUUUUAGUGGGUGUGGAUGUGAUAUUCACCCAGGAACCUUCUAAUCCAAGCUACUUUAACAAAGGUAGUGAUGCCAACCUGGUGUGGAACUAUGCUGAUCCACAUAAUAAAAUUGCAGCAAUUGCCUACAGUGUUCUGGUAAAUGGUGAAUUUAAAACAAUGAUUUUUAACAACAGUCAUGGUGUGCAAGAACAUUCUUCAAUUCCUCCAUCUUACAAAGGAAGAGUUAAAAUUGAAGGAAGAGCUACUCUGGUUAUCAAGAACAUCAAUACUGGAGACAAUACCAAAUUUAGAUGUGAAAUGUGGAAAAGCCCUUCAGGGCAGGUUGAAAGUACAGUUCAGCUUAUUGUGGCAGGUAUGUAUUGCAGACAUAACCAUUCAUAAUCAAACACAAACCAAAUGCAUUCAACUCAUGUCUCAUAUUUCUGAGAUCUGGAGAAAGUAAACAAUAGCAUAAAUUUGUGCAGACCUUUUUAUGCAGGGCUGUAAGUGGCUAGCUAACCCAACUUUUGGGAACACUAGUGCUACUUUUACUUGGCAUGUGACACCACACUCCUCAAAAAGAGACAAGAAAUUCCACCAUUUACUUUGCUGUUUCUCAUUAGUAAGAAUUCAAAGAGUUAUGAAAGAGUUAUUGCUUUAUUCUUUUGGCACCAACUACUGGGUUGCUCUGUUAUGCAUACUUUAGAUAACUAUUAUAAAUAUGAGUACUGAGAUUUUCUCUCAGCAAAGUUUUCAACUAAAAACAGUCAGACAAAACUAGAAACAAUGCAAGUGGCUGUACAAUUUUGCUAGAUCAAUAAAGGAAAUAUUCCACAACCACUCACAGGCAGCUGGUGCAAAAAAAAUUAUGUGUCUUUUGUAGCCUUUUAGAGGGACCUGCCAAAGGGAAUGAAAGUUGGCAUUGCGUUGUUUGCUGCUUUCUGAGGAUUAUGAUCUUCAAGGUUUACAGAUGCAAAUUUAGUCAACAGAGUGGUGACUUCCUCAAGUAAUUUUCUGACACCAAGGUGCAAGGCAAGACUUGAAAGAUUCGAGCAAAAUUUCCUUAAAGUUAUGAAAGCAAUAAACCAUCAGAGUCUAUAAUCCAAGCUCUUUAUGCUGUUUAAAAGAAGCUGAGCUUGUAAACAGAAAAUAAUUUCAAUGAUGAUCAAUGUGGCCAGGUAGGAAUGCUAUUCUUAGCAGAUGUUGUUACUUGAUGCUUCCUCUUUACCCUCUUGAUUGAGAUACAUACAGACCUAAUGGAAACCUAAAAUUGAAAGUACUGUAAAUAUACUUACAAAUUUAAAUUUAUCCCCUCCAUUGUUUUGGAUAUUGUGAGCAAAAACAAACAAUUAUCAUAAACUACAUGGUAUACAAUGGUUUGAUUCACCGAUGUGGCAAAGGUCUUUCACUAUCUAUCCAUAAUUUGUAAAAUGUACGACAUUCUAAAUCUUGAGUGUAUACUUAUUCAUCCAUAUCAAAUUAAAGGUUACUUGAAAUGAAUGUCAAAGAUUUAUAAGAUUUUCAGACCCCUGAUAACAAUUACUGAUGUGCUAAUUUGUUGUACUUAAAGGUUAUGAUUUUAGUGGAAAUAGUGGAAGAAAUUUCUGGAUCUGGAAUUUUGUCGAAAAUAUCUGUUUAAGUCAGUUUAAGUCAGUUAAAAACUCUCCUGUUUCAAGAUUACAUGAUUGCCGCACCAGAACCUUUUGUAUUCUAUAUUGUGCACCAUGUUAUGAUUAUGGUUUCAAUUAUAAAAGGUGCUGACUUGAGAACUUUGCAAAAUAUUUCUACAUACAAAGAAAUAGAUUGUGGUUAUGUACUCCAAAUAGCAGGUCACAUAUGUCUUCUGUAAAGGAAGUAGCAGAAAUCGCUAUGGUGGUUUUGGUGGAUGGAGAGAAACAUCCACCAAAACCACUUUAUUUUAUGUGUUAUGAGUUAUGAUAAUCAUUAUGAACGUUUGGUCGGUCAGCAAUUGUGCACCAUAAAAAAUAAUUAGCCAGAGCACUAGCUGCUAAUUAGUGGUAUAAAUCUUUUGUCUCCCUGAAGAUCUAACAAUGGCUAUAGAUAAAAUAAAAAAAAUAUAUUGUUGAUGGUUUUGGUCAGCGUUUUGGUGGAUGUUCCCUACUGACAUCCACCAAAACUACGUAACACCUAGGCACCUUUUAAAUACGUGAAAUAUCUGCAUAACAUUGCGUAAAAUGUUUUAUAAUACUACAAUCGAACAAUAAAUUAAUACUUACCAUUUCUUGAGUAAAAAGUUUUGAUGCAAUUUAUCAAACAAAUAAUAUACUUAGGUCAUCGGGAUAAGUCGGCAUGUUGUCGUAGCUUCGUAAUUUUCAUUUAGUAUAACAAGUCAUGAGUUGUCCAUCAUUCCAUCUCAGUCCCUCUCGACCGAGGUGGUUUUGGUGGAUGGAAUCUAAUGCUGAUCAGCACAAACUUCCUCAUCGGAUCGUCAGAAAAGGUCUGAUAAGAUGGUGUCUUUUCGCGAUCAUCAAGUAUACCUACUUUGUCUUCUACUGGUAAAGUUUCACGGGUCAGGUAAGAGUGAAAUUUAUUCUCCCGUACAAAGGACUUUACAGCGGUUUUUACCAUGAGCCAUUUUAAGCAUAGACACGAGCCGGAAACGCCGAUCUUUACUCCUGAACUUGAUGUUCGUCAAAAUGAUUUCCAAACUUUAAGGUGGCUUUCAACAGUUUUUGUAUAUCAAAUUUAAGACAUGAUGUUGCGAUUUCAACCACGCGAUAAAUGAAGUCUGAAAGCUACGAUGUGAUAGAAAUCAAGAACAAAGGAUUUUAUGCUUCAAAUGAAACACUACUAUACUUUCAGAAUUCAACAUCAAAAUUGAAACUGAGAAGAGCACUCUUUUCUUGAGUAGUGUGAGUCGUAUUCUUAGCCAUGAAAAAAGUUACUGCUUUGUUAGGUGGCUUUCCACUACAAACAUGAUGAUCAUGCAAACCCUGAAAAGAUGCAUAGGUUGGAUCACGAUAAGUAGAAUACUCAGAAUGCUCGAUGACACAAAGGUACAAAAAAGUUGAAUUUUUAUCUUCACUUCUUUAAUGCUUUACAAUGCAGUGAAAGAAAAAUCUGAUUUUUCCUGUAAGAAAUUAAGGUUUGAAAGGUUAUUUAAUUUAUCAUUCAAUGGCAUCUAAGCACACUUGGUUGCUGUGUUUGUAUUUUUUGUGACAGCUGCUUCGUUUAUUGAAAUUAUUUUCUCCUAGCUUAACACAGCAAAGCGGGAAGCCAUUUUCUUGUUACAUGAUGCCAGAACAAGCAUCCUGAUCAGUUAUAGAACAAGCUAGGUGCAGUGGAGUGUGUCACUGAUGUGCUUAGGACAUUUUGACAUCCCCUGUGAUUUAUAACAGUACAGAGCAAGGGUACCAUGGAAUCUACUUGUUUUAUUCAAUGAAGAAGCAAAAAUUAUUGUUGUUACUGCUUACACUUGCCUUUGUGGUGAAGUCUAUUUAAACCCUUCAUAAAUAUCAUCCUUACACAUGUAACUAAAGGGCUGGGAAUAUUAUGUUUAUGGUUAUCUAUUUUAGGGGGUGCGGAUGUGCGUUUCACGCUGGAACCUUCUAAUCCAAGCUAUUUUAAAAAUGGUAGUGAUGCCAAGCUAGUAUGGGACUACACUGAUCCACUUAAUGCGACUCGAGGCAUCAUCUUUAGUGUUCUGGUAAAGGAUACAUAUAAAAAAAUGAUUUUCAGGGGCAGUCGUGGUGUCCAAGAACAUCGUGAUAUUCCUCCAUCUUAUCAAGGAAGAGUUAAAAUUGAAGGAAGAGCUACCCUGUUUAUCAAGAACAUCAACCCUGGAGACAAUACCAAAUUUAAAUGUGAAAUGUGGGGAAAGAAAGUUGAAAGUAUAGUUGAGCUUACUGUGGCAGGUACGUCUUGUAGACAUAACCAUUAAUAAUGUAACACAAAUCAAAUUCAUUCAACUCAUGUCUCAUAUUUCUGAGAUCUGGAAAAAGUAAACAUUAACAUAAAUUUGUGCAAACCUUUAUAUACAGGGCUGAAAGUGGCUAGCUUACCCAACUUUUGGGAACACACUCAUGUCCUAACAACAUUAAAUAGUUGAAAACGCGUGUGUUAUAAGUAUGGAACUUCUUGGUCAUUUGACUGUGAUUCAAGUCAAAAACAUUAUGUGAUAUCUCAAUACUCAUGUACAAUUUACCUCAUUGUUUGCUUGAAUGAUUUUUUUCACUUGUUGUGAAGAAUCCAAACUCACUGUUUACUACACUCAUUUGCUUGUUUUUGAUUUUAUACAACUCCCAAAUGAAGAUUGUUUGCGCUCACCAGCCAUGACAUAAUCUUCAACCUUUCCUUGUCAUCGUACUCCAUCAGAACCAUGUAACUUUCAAUAACACAAUAUUUUAAUUAAUGUACAUUUUCUGAGUUCUGUUGGCUUAUUUUAACUGUAAUGCAAUACCUUUCACACUUAUUCUAUUUCUGACAUGUAUUUGACAGAAAGAUACCAGGUUAAUAUGGCUUAAAAGGGGUAAAAUGAAUCAUCAUUCACAUUUGGUCUACGUGGCUCAAAGCCAAUCCAUGUAUUUCGCUUAUAGAAAAAAUUGUUUUGUUUUGUUUUUACCAUAAGAAGGCAAUUAUUAUUCAUGCAUCACUGCCAUCUUUGUAACAGAUUUGCCAAUUUUUUUUAGAUGCUUCCUCUUUACCCUCCUGAUUGAGACACAUACAGACUAAGUGGAACCCUAAAAUUGAAAGUACUGUAAAUAUCCUUAAGAAUACUUGAAUCUCAAUGGAUUGGUUAUUUAAGUCAUAAAUGUGACUUCUUGUUCCUUAAAAGCUAUGAGAAUUACAGCUGUGAAAUGGAAAACAAACUUUCUGAAUGAAGUGAAGCUUUGUGGCAUGUGAUCAAAUCCACCCCCUGUUGUAAGUCAUUUGCAAGGUUUGAUAUAUCUGCAAAGUAUUGUUUAACUUUUUAUUUCAAAAAUUAAAAACAUAUGGAAAAAGGAAAAUUUGCCAAUAUUGGAUUUGUGAUUGUGGAAAGCCAUUUGCAAAUCAAAGAGAACCCAAAGGCCUCUAGAAGAUGUGAUGGGCAGUCUCUCUCCUUUCAUCUCUACCAAAAUGCUGGUUGUCUGUUUACAUGUAGAUUACCCUUGGACAAAAGGUGUGACGUAAAGAAUGCAGUCUAUUAUGAAACAAGGUAUUGUUGAGGAGAAGUGCCUGCUCCUGUCUGCUAACCCAAUAUCCAAGAUGUCCCAUGCACUAUCAAUAGUUUUGCAGGGUUUGACUUUAAGUGUGUUCAUCAUGAUCCUUUUGGCAUUGGGUUUCAAAAGAAUUUCAUUUUUAUCCUGACUACAUUUCAUCAUUAAGUGAUUAAAUGCCUCUUCCAGAUGACAUGGGAUCUUCCAUGUUUAUUUAUUUAUUUAUUUAAUCAUUAUUUAUACACAGUUAAAAAAAAGGAAUUCAUCAGGUACAAAAAUUCCAAUACAAUGACUAAUAUCCUAAGAACUAAAGAUCAUAAUCCUAGCAUUACAUGAACUAAUUAACACCAUUAAUAUGCCACUUAAAAACCUGAUUUCCAUGAAUGCUGUGUCUAAAAAUUAUGAUAGGGAAGGUGUUUAAAUUGGUUUAAUGAACCAGACUCUCUAAUGUUACAGGGUAAGCUAUUCCAAUGGGUUGAGCCGCUAUAACUAAAACUAUUUUUCAUGUAGUUAGUUCUUGGAAAUUGGAUGACAAGUUUGUUUAUUGAGCCCCACAUAGAAUAGUUUGAUUCGUUUCACUUUAUAAAUUUAGACGUGAGAUAUUUGGGAACCAGAUGGUAGAAAGACUUGCAAACCAUUAAGGUGUUCUGAAUUUGACAUGGAGAUUUCAAGUCUUUUCAGCUGAGUUUGUGAGACAAGGAAUCAACAUCUACAUCAUAGUUUGAUGAAGUUAUUAUAUGUGCAGCACGGUUUUGUAGUUUUUGUAGCUUGUUAGAUAAUGUUUUGCUACAAUUACCCUAGACUAGGCUACAGUAAUCAAAGUGAGAUUGAAGGAGUGAGUUCUAGAUAUUGAGUAGGGUGGAUUGGGGCACAAAUGGCUAUAACUCACUCUAUGGCUCCAAUAGCAGUAGCCAUCCUUUUUACACUGUUUAUCAAUGUGGGAAUGCCACAUUAAAUUUUCAUCUUUUUAUAUUCCAAGGGAUUUCACAGAGGAAACUUGUUCAAUGGGAACAUUAUCUAUGGAAAGUUUGAGUGUAUCAGAUAGAGUACUUGAUCUAUGCUUAGCGCAGAUCAACAUAAAUUCAGUUUUUGUAGCAUUCAAGGUAAGUCUGUUAGACACAAGCCAUUUGCUUAGCUUUUCAAGGUUGUGAGAUAGACUAGACUGGAUCAAAUGUAAAUCAGAGCCAGCAUAAGUGAUGUGGGUGUCAUCAGCAUACAUUCUAAGUACACUGAACGAUGGCAAAUGAUUAAUAUAAAUUAGAAGUAAAAGAGGGCCAAGCAUCAUUCCCUGUGGCACACCACAUUUAAGAUUGGUGAAGUCAGAGAGACAAUCGUUAACUGAGCACUGUUGUGAGUGAUGCAUCAAAUAUGAUUUAAACCAAUCAAGAGUUUUUCUUGAAUACCACAUCGAUUCAUUUUAGUGAGUAAUAUCUCAUGAUCAACAGUGUUGAAUCCCUCUUUUAAGUCGAGAAACACCACAGCAUUGAUGUAGCCAUAAUUGAUAUUAAAUGCCCAACUGUCAGUGGCUUCAAUUAAGAAGAGCAGUAAUGGUUGGGUGUAAAGACCUGAAACCAAAUUGAUGUUUAGAGAUGAUUUCUUCACUAUUUAUGAGGUUCAUAUAACUGAUCAUACACAAUCCUUUCAAACACUUUGGUGACUACAGAAAUGACUGAGAUAGGUCAGUAGUUGUUUUUAUGUUGGUAUCAUUUAGCUCAGUAGAGUGCUUAAAUUUGGCAUACAUCAUAAGGUUUCUACUAUAUUACUGCUGAUGUCAUUGAAGACAUUAGGAGGAGGGAGGUUUUUUUUUUUCAGCUUUUUGCUUCUUCAGUAGGUUUCUUUAGUUCCUCAUCCUAUAGCCAUUUCCUGUCACAGAUUCCAAGUUCAAGUGACUCUAAAUAUAGAAAAAAAAUUUGUAUUUCUGGUCAACUUAAAUGUUAAUUGAAAUAUUUUAGGUGUUAAACAACUGCCCAGUUUCACUUACUUUUGGGACAUGAUGCAUUCUCGAAGCCUUGUAGUGCUUAACACUUUGAAUAUUUCAGCCCAUAGAGAUGACCCCCAGCUUGAUGUUGUCACAGUUAACUCUGAAAGAUUCUAGUCAGUUAAGAUGUCUAUUAUGGACUCAGGAAAAAACCGAUAGCUCUAUUCAAUUUUAAAAAUCUUAGAGGAGGCAGCUGUUUGCAAACAUUUAUAAGGCCUAACACAUGAUAAUGGUCUUCCAACUUAAUGUAGCCUGUGAUAUCUAGCACUGAGGGUGUUUAGCUAUCAUUAUAUCUGAUUGAAAGGCUGGUGUAUCCUUCAAUUAUAAUUUCAUGUAGGAUCAGCUCAUUUUGCUUGAGAACUGCAUGUUUGUAUGCAAGCUAUAUGUUUUGGAUUGUGGGUGGAUCAAGUUAGCAUACACUAACACAAUGAAAUAACUGGUUCUGCUAUGUAACUCUCUUGAGGCUCCUGAACCCUACAUAUUUUUGGGGAUGUUUCAGAGCUAGCACCUCUAAGUCUCGAGUAUAGACCAUUAUAAAUCUAAACAAAAGUACAUCGAAUUCUGUAAUAGUUUCUGGUUUCUUUUAUAAUAACUCCUUGCAAGAUUUUGUAAUAUUGUUACCUAGAUGACAAGCUACAUCUGGGCCCACUAAAAUUUUUGUAUUGUUAAGUAACCAUUGAUCAAUUCACAUACACUUACUAAGGAUAUCUUUGUUACAACUUCAGUUGGAAGCUCUUCAAAUUGGAACCUCCUAAAAACUAUACAAAGUUAAAUAGGGCCUAAAAUCAUCAAGUGGGAACAUGGAAAUAUUUUAAGAUGAACAAGUAGUAUUAUCCACCUUUAGAUGUUGGAACUUUUACAGACAAGCCACUCCAUUCUUAAGGAAAAUCAAAUUUUUUCUUCUGUCUUUAAAUUAGAUUUUCCUCCUUUCACCAAUUCUCUCUCAGGUACUCUGGCUAGUGAGCUAUUUUUUGCAUUUCUUACUCAAAUCUCUAGUCUGCAACAAGAAUAUUACUUCCCGUACAAAGAUGAAUCAUGUAGUAUUUUUGGUGUUGCCUCUCCACUUUCUACCUCCACAAUUCCUUUCCCACCUUCUACUGUAGUUUCUUAAUAAACAUCAGCAUCUCUUGAUGGUCUGGAAGAUAGUUUCUUUGGUAAUGUCAAACAAGCUCAAAUCUUGUGCUAAUUAUUACUAGGAACUACUUAGUGUGAAUUUAAGCCACCUUCUUGCUCUCAAGUAUUUCUCACCCAAUGUUCUGGGUACUGCCUGUUUUGCAUUUUCACCAAAACUAAGACUGGACCAUGUUGUAUAAACAUUUCAUCUGCCUGUUAGCCUCAUAUCAGCUAUGGCUGAUUUCACUUUAGUUUUAAGGACCAACUUAAAUUAUCUUGCCAUAAGUUUUGGGAACACUUAUUCACAAUUGUAUUGAAGUAUAACUCUCCUCUUUAGGGGGGUAAAGUGUGUUUGUAGAGCUCUGAUGAAAUGACUCUGCCUCAUUGUAAAUGUAAUGCCUGCGACAGGUUGAGGAUAUUUUUAAUUUGCUGAGUGAUAACCUCUCUGUUGGGAAGCAGUAAAACAUUUCAGCACAAGUUUUUAACAGUGGUCUCUGUACAGUCUAUUCUUAAUGCAGGAAAUAAGUUAAUUUCUUUUCAUUUGACUUGGGCUUAAGAACGGUUUAUUUUUGGGUAUGAUUCUUCAAAAUGCAGAGGAAAAGUCAGAAACUCUCCAUUCUGCAAACUCCCUUUGCAAAACAAUCAUGAUGAGCAAUCAAGUUAUGUAAUGUUUGAUAAAAGAACAAUCAAUACAUUCCAAGUGAGGUGUGGCUUGAUUGGCUCUGUUCCUAUUUGUUUGUGCAGCAGCAAAAGUUUUAUCACGAAAAUUGGGAGUAGCUUUAAAGCUGGGGUCCUCAGUUUAAUGAGUGACUUCCUGAAUUAUCCCUCAAUUCCCUAGGUUGGUUGUUGGAGACCAAUUGCUGGAUACUUCUGAUUAUUUUAUUGUAACUGGGUAAAUUUUAAGACUCAGUCCACUACGCAAUAUGAGGAAUGAUAUAAUUGCUUUUACCUUUCAGAGGCAUUACUUAUGAACCUCUCUUUAGGAGGAAAAUAUUUCACUGAAGGAUCCAAUGCCACCCUAAGCUGUAAAGCUUCUGGGAAACCACCACCAUAUGUAUCGUGGAUUAGAAAUGGAGUACUGGAAAGUUCAGGGAAGGAAGCUGCAUCUUUGGAGUUCAAUAACAUAAAUAGAACAGAUGCUGGACAAUAUACAUGUCAAGCCAAUAACUCAAUGGAAGUCACUUCCAUUAACACAACAAUUGUAGUUCACUGUAAGUAUUAUUUUAAUUUUCUACAUCUGAAUUUAAUUUAUUUACAGUGCGACUCCUGUUAUUAGGGUCAGUUACACAAAACUGACAAAUAUGUCUAAAAGUGUAAGAAAAAUGAAUUCCACGUCAAAUCCUUUUCAGCUUUGUAUGCAUUGGUCCUAAGUAUUGGUUGGGACACUUGAAUUUCAGUGGAAUUCUUACUCACAUUAUUUUGCUCAGGAGGACAUGAAAAUGUUUACCAAGUUGUUGCUUCAGUUGGAUUGUGUUAAACUCAGAAAAUGGCUUAAGGCCAUUUCUGAGUCAUUGUGACAACCCAAAAUUCACUCCAUUUGACUAGUGCACAAGGCUAGCGUGAAGGGCCCUGGUUGAAGCCUGAUGGAAAUCUGAGAACUGGCCAAAAUUCCAAGUGUCAGCUGAGAAAUUGCACAUUUCAGUGUUUUACUGAUGUAGCUGAGAUAAGAUAAAAGCAAAAAUGGGCUCAAACUAAAACCACAUGCUUAAGAUUUGUGCACAUAUUUGCAUGUGUGGCAUUCAAAGAGAUAUACUAUUUAGGGGCAAGAAUCCAUUUUAUAAUUCAUAAUUUGAAGGCCUUGCCACCUUAUACUGAAUAAUUGAAGUACAAAAAGUGUAUGAAUGCAAAAGUGAUGGACUCUACUACUGAGUGAUUACAACCUUUACUUUUUUUCCAUUUAAAGACUGGGAAAGGAAAGACAAAAUUUUUAUCCCAAUCAUACUCAGGAUGUGCAAAUUGAGGUCAUGUGACCUACCAUAUGACCCUUGAGGAGUCAAAAUGGCCUUCUAAAACUGUUAUAAAAAUAUCUAUACAUCUUCUAUGGCAUAAAUUUAUGAAAUAUCCCUUUGUAUUCUGCUAAUAUCUAUGAAAGGGUUGCGCAGUCCACAGUUUUAGCCAAACGUUUGCUUAUUAAGCUUAAAGCAAUGAGAUAAAUAUCAUUUUUGCCCAAUUUACAAUUUGACAUGAAAAAGAGGGGCAGUCAGGUUACCUCUGUUUGUGGCCAUUUUUUAUGUUUUGUGAAAAAAACUUCUGACUAUAACAUUAGCUCUUAAUGGCAGGAAGCCAGGUGUGCUCAACUUCUACAAAUUAUGUCACAUUACUAAGCAUGUGUCCUCUAAGGGGCCUAAAUCUGCCCUCUUGCUUUAAAGUGAAAUCAUACUUAUGUCAUCCUUCCAAAUCUUGUAUUUACACUACCUCUUACCUCAGAGCGAUACAUACUGCAACUAAAAAACACAAUAUCAUAACUUAUUUUGGUCUGUUGAGCUUUAAAGUAACUUAUCUCCAUUGUUAAUCGACUGAAAGCUAUCCUCUUAAGUAUGGAUGCCUCAUAUGUCAACUAUUUAAAAGUUCCUCUUCAAAGGUACUCUUUUCACAGCUUUCUUCUGAGUCACUGAGAAGGUUUACUUGUGCUAGUGCUUUUGUGAUUGGCUGUGGUACAAGAAGCUCCCUGUUCUUCAUCCAUCCAUGACCCUCCAUUGAUUUAAGAUCCUGCAUAGCUUCAAGGGCAUGACUCCACAUGAAUGCUUUGUAGUUUGCUUCAGAUGUUGACGUAGACAAUCAGUUGUUGGUGGAAGCAUUUCGUUUUUUGCUUAUUCUGGCAGAACAUGUGAUAACAUAAUUCAUCUGCAAUGCUUGUCUUUUUGCAGUCAUGUAAAAGCUGCAAACAAAGGUUUUGCUUUUACCAAAGCUGCAGAAAGCAACCAACAGGAAAUUGAAUAGGUUUACACAGUGUCAAAAACAUAGCAUUCAUGUUUAAGAAUAAACAUACAUCAAAUGCAACAAAUGUUGAUUGCUACAGCUCUAAAUUGCUGGUAAUGAACUAGAAACCAAUGGAGGAAAUAAAACAUGCUGAACUAAAUAAUUAAAGCCAUACCUUUUUUUUUUUGAUUUACAAGAUACUUUCCCCAUUGUCUUGGUACUGGAGUGGCAAGACCUCUGAUUUGCAUUUUAAGGCCAAUGAAUGUUCCCCUUUGCUGACGCCCUCCUUUUGUGAAGUUGCUCAGUAUUGGUAGAAGACCAUGAGGACUUGCAGACAGUUGCUAGAAAAAAGGGGGGAACUGAAGAUUUUGAAAUAUUUUUGUAAGAAUUCACCAAAGGUAUCUGCUCCAGAAGAUUUUGUCGACUGUAGAACUGCCAUGCCAUUGAUAACAACAACCUGUGGAUUUGUCAAUGCUGUAAGUUGCUGAACUACAUGAAUGUCUUUCUAGAGAAGAGAGCAUAGUGUGCUCUUAACACCUUUUCUAAGACUUCCAUUAGUGAGUGAAUAUGGGAUUGAAGACAGGUCAAAGCUCAGCACAUCUUUCAGGUAGAUUGGAUGAGAUGAGGAGCUUGACAAACAAGUCCUUGUCGGCAUUAACAGUAAUUAGCUUAUUGCUGGAUUUGACUCCAACCUUUUGCACUGCUGAACCUAGGAUCUUGAUGUUUGGAAUUGGCUCCCCAGAAACCCUAGCAGGGAAAGAAAAUAUAAAGCCGUGUGGUAUAUGAAGCUUAAAUCACUAAGUGGAAAACUGUAGGUUUGAGUCAAUGAAUUUAUAUCACCAGAUGUAAAUUGACAACUUCUGCUUAAAUAAAUUCUUCAUUUCUUCAGUUUGUAAGCCAUAUGAUAAAGCUAAUGGGAUCAUUCAACUUUCUUCACUGAGCCUUUGGAAAAUAGUUGC